AUGCUGGGCGAGCUCAACUGGAUCUUCACGGCCAUCACGGACACCAUCGCCUGGAGCUCGCUGUCGCCGGAGCUGUUCCAGCAGCUGUUCCGCGCGGACCUGCUGACGGCGUCGCUGUGCCGCAACUUCCUGCUGGCGGACCGCAUCCUGCGCUCGUACAACUGCACGCCCGUGUCGGCGCCCGCGCUGCCGUCGCUGGCGGCGCACCCGCUGUGGGCGGCCUGGGAGCACACGCUGGACCUGGCGCUGGCGCAGCUGCCGCGCCUGCACGGGCCCGAGCCGGCCGAGUACACGCACUCGCCCUUCUUCCGCGACCAGCUCACGGCCUUCCAGGUGUGGCUGGAGCUGGGCAAGUGGCGCGUGUCGCGCGCGGCGCCGGCGCAGCUGCCGAUGGUGCUGCAGGUGCUGCUGAGCACGCUGCACCGCGUGCGCGCGCUGCGCCUGCUGUGCCGCUUCCUGGCGCUGGGCGCCUGGGCGGCGCGCGCCGUGCUCAACGUCGGCAUCUUCCCCUACAUGCUCAAGCUGCUGCAGGCCUCCGCGCCGGACCUGCGCCCCUCCAUGGUCUACAUCUGGGCGAAGAUCAUCGCCGUCGACCCUAGCUGCCAAGUGGACCUGGUCAAUGCUAAAGGACACAAGUAUUUUCUGUCAGUUUUGCAAGAUCCAUCAGUUGACAGUGAGCACAGAACCCUGGCGGCGUACGUGCUGGCGGGCAUCGUCGACAACUACCCGGCCGGGCAAGAGGCCGCGCUGCAGGGCUCGAUGAUCUCCAUCUGCCUGGAGCAGCUGAACGACGGCUGCGCGCGCCUGGCGCUGUGGGCGUGCGUGUGCCUGGGCCGGCUGUGGCGCCAGUUCGACGCGGCGCGCUGGGCCGGCGUGCGCGACCUGGCGCACGAGAAGCUGUUCCCGCUGCUCAGCCGGCGCCAGCCCGAGCUGCGCGCCGCCUGCGCCUUCGCGCUGGGCAGCUUCGUGGCGGCCGGCGCGGCGCGCACCGAGCACGCCAACGCGCUGGACCAGCAGGUCGGCCUGCAGCUGGCCGCGCGCCUGCCCGCCGACGCCUCGCCGCUCGUGCGCCAGGAGAUCCUCGCCGCUAUACAAUGGAUGGUGUUGAUAUUUGAGCAACACUUUAUCGCGGUGUACAUCCAGGAGAGAGUGCGCAAGAGUGACAGGGAGGCGGGCCGCGGCGGCCGCGUGGACCAGGGCUGGGACGCGCUCUCCGACACUCGCAACGUGCACCACCACCACGCACUGGCGCGCCACGCAGCCGCACUCGCGCUGCCCUCCAUCGGUAACUGUCCCACCUCUACCCCCCACCCCCACCACCACGCACUGGCGCGCCACGCAGCCGCACUCGCGCUGCCCUCCAUCGGAUUCGGCUCGGUAUACAUGAAGCUGUGGAACAUCCUUACCAUGAUGUCGCGGGAGCCGCACCCGCAGGUUUCACAGAUGGCCAACGAAAUUAUUAACUACAUUGCCAAUCAGGUGGACAGCGUGGGGCGCGAGCUGGAGCUGUCGCGGCGCGAGCCGGCGUCGCUGCCGCCGUCGCCGGGCGCGCGGGCCCCCGCGUCGCCGGCGCCGGCGUCCCGCCGCGCCGCGCGCCUGCCGCACGCCGCCUCCGAGGACUCCGUGCCGCACCGCGACCGGGACUCCACCUCGUCCAACUCUAGUCAGCCGGUGAAGAAAGCCAUAGUGACGACGCAGUUCGUGGAGUGGGCGGCGGCGCAGUUCGCGCGCGCGGAGGGCGGCGAGGGCGCGGAGGACGUGGAGAGCCGCGCGCAGCACGAGCGCGCGUGGCGCGCCGCACGCAACCAUCGCCUGCGCGCGCACGCUCAAGGGCUGAGCGCGGCGCGCGUCCCGCGGCUGGAGACGGCGGCGUUCCACUCGCGCUGCCCGCUGCCGGCCGGCGUGCUGCAGUUCCACCCCUUCGAGCAGCACGCCGCCGUGGCCUUCCGCCACAACUUCGGCGUGUGGGACUGGGGCACGGCCGCCAAGCUCUGCGUGGGCGCCUGGCAGCCCGCCUGGGGCCGCAUCACGGCGCUGGCCUACCUCAACGCGCACGCGCACGCGCUGCUGGCCGUGGCGGGCCACACGGGCCAGCUGGCCGUGUACCGGCCCGGCGCCGGCGCCGCGCAGCCCGCGUUGCUGGCGGCCUGGCGCGCGCUCGACACCAGCGCCGCGCCCGCCGCCGCCGACUACCGCCCGCCGCCCGCGCAGGCCGUCUACAGUCUGGCGCAGUUGGUGUCGGAACAGUUCGCUUCGUCUGAGGACCGGCAGGCCAGCAACCGGACCAAGCAGGACGCCAGCCUGGGCGCGGCGUACCCCGCGCCGCCCGGCACGCUGCUACGCUGGUGCGGCGUGCGGCGCUCGCUGGCGCUGGCCGGCCGCUCGGCGCGCCUGCGGCUCUGGGACGCCGAGGCCGAGCUGCUGCAGGCCGACAUCCCCACCGAGAGCGACGCCGCCGCCACCGCGCUGUGGCGCGCCGACGACCUGCUGCUGGCCGGCUUCGGCGACGGCAGCGUGCGCGCCUGGGACGGCCGCGGCGCGCGCGCGCCCGCCUGGCGCCUGGCGCCGCACGCCGCGCCCGUGCUGGCCGCCGCGCACCGCGCCGACCGCUGGCUGCUGCUCACGGGCGCCAGCGACGGCGAGCUGCGCGUCUACGACACGCGCAAGAUGGCGCCGCUGGAGCAGCUGCGCGCGCCGGCGCCGCUGGCCGCCAUCGACGUGCACCCGCUGUGCGACCUGGUGGCGUGUGGCUCGGUCAACCAGAGCAUCAGCAUCUACGACCUCAAGGGCACGCCGCUGAACACGAUCAAGUUCCACGAGGGCUUCAUGGGCGCGCGCAUCGGGCCGGUGUCGUGCCUGGCCUUCCACCCGCUGCGCUGCGCGCUGGGCGUGGGCUCGAAGGACUCGACGGUGUCGGUGUACGUGGCGGAGGCGCGGCGGUGA